AUGGAGGCGGUGAAGAGCCUCCUGAAGCCGAAGCCGACGCCGCAGCAGCAGCUGCGCGAGUGGCAGCGCCGCCUCCGCAACGAGGGCCGCAACAUCGAGCGCCAGAUCCGAGACGUGCAGAAGGAGGAGAAGAAGGUGGAGAAGGCCAUCAAGGAGUCCGCCAGGCGCGGCGACAUGGGAUCCGCCAAGGCGCUGGCCAAGGAGCUGGUGCAGUCCAGGAAGGCCGUCAACCGCCUCUACGAGAACAAGGCCCAGCUCAACUCCAUCUCCAUGCACCUCGGCGAGAUCGUCGCUACUACCAGGACGGUAGGACAUUUGUCCAAGAGCACCGAAGUGAUGAAGCUUGUGAACAAUCUGAUGAAGGCCCCAGAGAUAGCUGUCACCAUGCAGGAAUUCAGCAAAGAGAUGACAAAGGCUGGCGUGAUGGAGGAAAUGGUUAAUGAUGCCAUGGAUUCAGCACUGGAUGAUGAGGACAUGGAGGAGGAGAUAGAGGAGGAGGUUGAUAAGGUCCUCUCUGCAAUUGCCGGGGAGACUGCGUCUCAGCUUCCUGACGCUGUUCGUAAACAAAAGGAGAAGGUUACACAACCUUCGACAAGUGAACCUGCACAGAGAACUGCUGUAGCGGAAUCCGUUGACGAAGACGAUGAUGAUCUAGAAAAGAUAAGAGAAAGGCUCGCCAAAGUGAGGUCGUAA